UCUAUUAUGCGUGUGGGACAAUGAGAUUUUUGUAAAAGAAUCAGUUAUGGAAAUUCCAGGCGCAUUAGCUAUCUAUGGCUUUUGGGGAGAGAAGAAGAAAAAGUGCUGUAUUGUGAAUGUCUAUGCGUCAUGUAACAGGAAUGAAAGGCUGGAAACAUGGACAGAGUUAUUGAAGAUGAUUGAGGAAGGAGAAAAUUGCUGGUGCAUUGCUGGAGACUUCAACAGUGUGAGAUCAACGGAUGAGAGAAGAGGAAGAUCUGAGCACUCUAACUACAGGAAGGAUCUCAACGAAUUCAUUGAACUAGCAGGAUUGGUUGAUUUACCACUAACAAGAAGGAAAUUUACUUGGUACAGGAGUGAUGGGUCAACAAAGAGUAGGCUGGACAGAUUUCUUUUAUCUGAUGGUAUGCUUAAUUUAUGGGGUGAUUGUUGUCAAAUUGGACUGAAUAGAACUACAUCUGAUCAUUGUCCAGUGAUGUUAAAGAAGGUCAAUAGCAAUUGGGGCCGAAAGCCAUUCAGGACCUUAAAUUGCUGGGACCAGCAUCCAGAAUUUAUCAAAAUGGUUGAGGAAAACUGGAAAUCUACAGUGGUAGAGGGAUGGAAGGGAUAUGUGUGCAAAGAGAAGCUCAAAAGAUUGAGGAAUAAAUUGAAGAAAUGGAAUAGUGAAGUCUUCGGAAGUUUUGAGAAUCAAAUUGCAGAGGCAGAAGCAAAAAUCAAUGAAGUUGACAAUAAGAGUGAGGACGGCGAAAUAACAGAGGAGGACGUCUUGCUAAGAAGGGAAGGAGAUGCUAACUCCAAGCUAUUCCAUAGAAUAAUGAACAGCAACAGGAGGAGAAAAUUGAUUCGGGGCAUAUACAAAGAUGGAGCUUGGAUAGAGGAAUCGAGUGUGGUGAAGCAGGAAGUGCGUGAAUACUUCAACAAAAUCUUCCAAGAAGAGCAGUGGGAUAGACCGAAACUGGGUGGGUUACAGUUCAAGCAGCUAAAUGAAGAAGACAGCGUUUGGCUAGAAAGAGAAGUGUCAGCAGAAGAAGUGAAACAAGCAGUGUGGGAUUGCAGAGGAGACAAAUCUCCUGGUCUUGAUGGAUUCAGUUUCCAUAUUAUCAAAUCCAUUUGGAAUGUGAUCGAGAAAGACAUUGUCGAUUUUGUCCAAGAAUUCUCCAGGAACGGCAAACUAGUGUUGGCAAAUAGGAUUAAGAAAGUUCUACCCAAGGUGAUAAGUGGGACACAAUCAGCCUUUUUGGGAGGAAGACAGAUCACAGAUGGUCUUCUGAUUCUUAAUGAAGUGGUAGAGGAAAUCAGGAGGAAAAAGAUCAGUAGCUUCAUAUUCAAAGCGGAUUUCGAAAAGGCAUACGACAGCGUGAAUUGGGAUUUCCUGGAUGAAAUGAUGAGAAGGCUUGGAUUUGGGGAGAAAUGGAGAUUGUGGAUUAAGGAAUGCUUGCAAACAGCUUCAGUAUCAGUGCUUGCUAAUGGAAGCCUAACGGAAGAAUUUAAAAUGGAGAAGGGGUUAAGACAAGGUGAUCCGAUUGCUCCGUUCCUCUUUCUUAUUGUCGCUAAAGGGCUGAAUGUGUUAAUCAAAUCAACUGUAAACAAAGAAUUAUUCCAAGGAAUUCCUGUAGGCUCUGGUGAUCUUAAUAUCUCACAUCUCCAAUUCGCUGAUGAUACUGCUAUAAUGGGGAAGGCAGAACCGGGCAAUAUUAAAGCAGUGAAAGGAAUUUUGAGAUGGUUUGAACUGAUCUCAGGCUUGAAGAUUAAUUUCAACAAAAGUGUCUUGUACUCAUGCCAUGUUUCAGAUGAAUGGAGGAGAAUGGCAGCAGCUAAUCUUAAUUGCAAAUCUGGAGUGUUCCCCUUCACUCACCUCGGGAUGCCAAUAGGCGACAGUAUGUGUAGAAUAAUGCCUUGGAUUCCAGUUAUUGACAACUUUAAUAAAAAGCUGGCAAUCUGGAAAGCGAAAAGCCUGUCGAUUGGUGGCCGAGUUACAUUGCUAAGGUCUGUUCUCUCUGCCUUCCCAAUUUAUUUUAUGUCCAUUUUUAAAAUUCCUAAAAUCGUGCUUCAUGAACUUGUGUGCUUACAAAGAAAAUUCUUGUGGGGUUAUACGGAGGAGAAGAAUAAAAUAGCAUGGCUAAGUUGGGAGAAAGUUUGCAAGGGUAGAAAUGAGGGAGGGCUCGGUGUGCCGAAUCUGGAAUGUAGAAACAUAGCUCUUCUAGGGAAGUGGUGGGACAGAUUUGGGAAGGAAGAUCAUAGUUUAUGGAAGAGAGUUAUCGUAGAUAAAUUUUAUGGAGGAAGUACGGUGUGGGAUAUUAAAGAAGUCCAAACUAGGAAUGCAUCUACAAUAUGGAGAAAUAUAGUGGCAUUAGGAGAUGAAAGGGGUUAUCUUUUGUAAUGUCUUUUGGAGACUAAGAGUUGAGUACCACUUGUACUCCUCAUCACAAUAAAAUAUUUGAUUCAUC